AUGGACGACGAGCGACUACCCAAACGACUCUUCUACGGAGACGUCGCGACGGGCUCUCGUCGUCAAGGAGGCCAGAUUCGCCGUUACAAGGAUACCCUGAAGUCCUCCCUGAAGCGCCUGCAAAUCAACCCCACCAACUGGGAGGAGCUCGCACUCGAUCGACCGACCUGGAGGAGGACAGUGAAGACAGGCGCUGCGAUCUACGAAGCCAACCGCAUCGCUGCCGCCAAAGCGAAACGUGAAGCCCGCAAAUCACAACUUCGCCCAGUAAGCAACGCCGCCGCACAACCGCCUCCAACGUGUCCAUGACUUCACAUAUUGAGCAAGACUUCCCCUCGCCCCACUAGCGAUCCACGCCGCAGCAACGCGGUCGCCUGGUUAACGCGGCCCCACGACCUGACUAGUGGACAAGCACUUGGUGAGAGGGCCGCGGUUCGCGCAUGUGUACUCCCAGUGCCCGACACCGCGCCAGACGGACCUGCACUCAGGCCGAAAUUCUGCACACGUGCGAUGAUGGCGGAGCGGCUAGAGCCUACGGGAGGACUUGAUUGUGAUUGACCCUUCCCCAGGUCACACGAGAGUUCGUUUCCGGUCAUUUGGGCAGGAGGUCUGUCGUUGGUAAUUGAGUUCGAAGCGCUACUGUCAUUACUUUGAAAACAGUCGCCGUCCUCAAUAUACCGGGAGACCAGUUGAUUGUCAACUGUUGCAGUAGCAAGUGGUUCGUACGCGUGACGGUUUUGGGGUGCGUGAUAGUCUGUAGUUUCGGCAGUACAGUACCAUUCCGCAAUUUAUCCACGUCAGAAUUACAUUACCGAAAAAAGCAAGAAAGACUGAAGUGGACGCUUCUGGCUUAUUAGCCACCAUUCUUGUCCUUUUAUGUAAUGAUAUUCUGACUAUCUUACACAUCGCUGAGCGGCUGCUGGCGGGGCUCGAUAGAGCGAGUUCCGUAACACGAUCUGUGGGCGCCCCGCUAUCAAUGCUCAUGUCCUUCGUAGUUGCUUCAAGAAGGUCUUGGAAGGUCACCUUGGUCCCGUGAUCCUCAAACACGUUAUUUCUUCCCUUGGGGUUAGCCAAAACCAUGGCCAUCUUCCGAGAAUACACUCUGAUUGCUGCAUGCCGAUGACAACGUGUACUUAACUUGUCGCUUUUUAAAUUCCUCAGAAAUUAUCUACGAACUUUGAGUGUAUCAGUUUAUUCAAGGGCUACAAGUUCAGACCGAUAAUUUUCUGCAUGAAUAUUUGGGCCGAAGCCCAUCAGUCACAGCGGAUAACCGCGUAAUAUUAAUUAACUGCCGACAGGCAGCUAGUAGUAUACAUUAGGGCAAGGUGAUACCAUAUUAAAAGCACAGGUACUAGCCAAAAACCCACUGACACACUGACGAGCCGAACCUCUCGUAACUGUGCCAUGCAGCGGCAGAAUAUCGGCGAAACGCGCGUGUAUGGGCUUUUGGUUAGUACCUGUGCUGUUAGGAUGGUAUCAACUUACCCUAAAGUAUACUUAAAUUCUGUUCGCGGAGUGUCGCUUUGAAAAAAAAUCGCGUACAGCACUUGGAACACAUGUUGGAUUACACUUUAGUGAGUACUGCAGGGUGACAAUAUCGUAUUUUAUAGUUUAGGGAAGCGCCUUACGCAGUAUUUUAACUGGAACAGAAACUGCCUAGACACUUUUUAAUAUUAGCAGUGUUUUGUGUGGAGAUAUUGCCACUAUGAUUGGAAUCAUUUUCAUACAAGGUGUCCCAGCGUCUGGGAGCCAGGAGUGCGCUUGAGCUAUGCUCACAGUCGAGUCCGCCGCGAAGCUCAAAACGCGGUUCUGCUGGGAAAUGGUGGCGCGUGCAGUAUAGUAAAUGCGGUAAAAGGGGCAUUACGGAUGGGACUGCGGGAAAACAAUUAAGGAUGUGCGAAAACUAUAGAAAAACGUAGUAAAUACGCUUGUUUUUAGUGAACACUAAAAUCUCGGCGUAAGCAGCGCGCAAUACAAAACAUCAUUGCAGGGACCACUUGAACCAAUAUCUACGUAGGAUAAGGGUAAUUGGCCCGUCAAGGUCAUCGAAACUGAACCGCCCAAUGGUAUUACCGACAGAAACAAGGGGGAGACUGGAUUGGCCAUUUCUGACUUAUUGGCCAUCCUCAACCAGUCAUACCCAACCCCGGAGUGUGGAACACCUGCGGGACGAUCUCGCGACCUGUUAGAUCCAAAGAAACGAUCAGCAAGUGCUCCCCUACCACUGUAUAUUUCCGAUCACAACUGGCAAGACAACAAGCCUGUGGCUCAGUAGUUAGGGGCGUUGGACUUGUAACUAACAGGUCGCGAGUUCGCGCCUCGGGUGUUCCACACUUCGGAGUUGGGUAUGACUGGCUGUCGACGGCCAAUAAGCCAGAAAUGGCCAUUCCAGUCUCCAUUGUCUCCUGAGGACCUGGUUUGUGCACUUGCGUCACGUCCUGGGUCGGAAACUUCCAUGAUGAACGGUAUAUCCGCACGCCUGCUGUUGUCUGACCGACGUCAGUGGAUGCGUUCCCGGUGGCGUUGAUCAUGAGUCACGGCUUGGCCCGUCAUUUGAUUGGCUGGUUGCGGGACUGAAUAUGCACCUGCUCAUGCUGUGACGUGUUUCUCUGGCUUGAAGGGCCGAUGAGCGCUUGACGUUUAAUAAUCCCUGACCGGAGUGCGCAGUUGCAUUUGCUUGUGCUAGAAACCACAUGUGCAACGCCGAAACACCCGCUCAUCAACCCCAGGAGGUUACUUCAUGCGGCCACGAAAUAGGAGUUUGGGAUACUAGUUAGUACCUACGUUUGAGGUGUAUUCUCCAUUUAGUUGUGCAAUUCUUGUGUGCGAAGUGUUCUGGUAGUUCGUCCGUCUUUAUAAAUGGCAGUCAUCCCCACCAGAUGGUUUUCGUUUCGGGGUUAAUCACCAGGAUUUGCGCGGAUCCAGAGGUGACCCAUAAUUAUUACUCUUCUUAGAAUUACGUCAUUUCCGUGUGCACCAUCUUGCGGAGUGCAUAUCAAUUGUACGACCUGCCUUUCUUUAGGAUGCUGGUCGGACUAAAGUCAUUGUCCGUGGCAAAACUGCGUACAUACAGAAGACCACUAUUUCACGACAUCUCAAAUUCUACGCUCUGCACGAAGAGCUCUUCGCAUGUGUCCGUGGAUCGUGUUUCCGGCUGUCUUUCCUAAGGGCUUUGGGAUGUGAACAUACCAAGCGAUACGGUAAGUUACCGAUGCAAAUGUGUUCAUAGUAGCCUGUCGUCAUUUUUAAUUACGGUCUCUCAUCCCCAGCGGUGUUUUGCACGGCAGCGCUUGCAGCAUCAAUCUUUAUCAUUUCAUGGAAGAGGAGGUUUCGAAGGCCAGACGAGCCACAGGAUACAUUACAAUCUGGCAUACCUGUAUGGAAGGCGAUUACGUCUGUUCUCGGCGGGCAUUCGUGAUAACGACACGCUGUCGUCAUUUUCGUUCUGACAGGGACGUACUAAAGGAGUGGGUUUGACGUCAUUGAAACCGUUCAUCAGAGUUCUCCUAUUAGGCCAUCUCUCACGGGUUUUCUAGCUUUCCAAUAGCUCUUUGCUUAUUCGCAGACUUGUAUCUGGCAAAGCGUUUUGUGACAUGCUGAUAUUCGAACCGCGACUUUGGCUACGCGGAAUAUUCGUACUACUAAUUUCACCUUCAUUAGACAUAGAAGUGGCUUUUGAAAGGGGAAUAAAUGACUGCUUAGUACCCGUUUGCGUGCCCUCUUGGGUACAUUCUUCUCCUUGUCUUUCCAAGCAUCCGGUUUUUCUUCUCUCAUUAGCUCCAGCCAUCAAACUUCUAUUGGCUACUGCGUGCAUGUGUGGAAUCCUCACGAGUAUCGCUGGUUUGCUGAUCUGUUUUCUCAAAAGUGGCCAAAUGAAUCGCCGGGUUUUGAAAAAACUGCGCCGCCGGGCUUCUGGUGGGGCUUCCUCCGACGACGCCGCCACCGCUGCCUCGGCGACCAUCAGGAAGGAAGACGGUUUCGCCGGCGACCGCACGCGUCCAAAACAGGUCUUUCCAACGGGCCUUCGUCUGCCGCUGCUGCGGCCACUCCACCAGUCGUCAUUGCACGAGCGCAUCGACCGGCUCACGGAUCUGCGCUUUUUCGCCGCCAGACGCGUGCAGAUCGGCAACCAGCUCUACAUCGGUUGUCACUCUCGCGUCUACAGCGGCUCCAUCUCCAUGGUCCGCUUUGUCGAUGAUGCUUCUGCCCCCGAUAAUCGUGUGGUGCUGAAGACGCUGCCAGGUAAGGCUGCUGCAAUGUGUCCUUCGAUUUCAGUUUAA